AUGCUCCUCCAAAACGAAACAACACCAACAAAGUAUGCGCCGCAAGAGGCAAAGGGCGUUGCCCUCGCCCCGGCCUCAUUGCAGCUGCAAUCAUCCGACAAGGAGAUCGAGCCAUUCAACUUCACCUUUGAAGUCGUGCGUCCGACCGUUUUCCGCACCACUGUCACCUCCGCCUCCCGUCCUCUGCCUCCCUUCCCCAGUGCUCAGCGUCCGAGUCUAGAUUCGUCUCCCAAAGAUGUCCAGUCAGCAUCUUCUGGUGACAAAAGUCGCUCCUUCACUACCUCGGCCGCCAAAGCUGUGGUAGAAUGGUCCAACACUCCCAUUCUCUCUCUCUACCUUGGCAAAGACGCCACUGGCAAGCCAAUUCACCAGGACCUUCCGUUCCGCUCAUAUUCCGCCGACGGCGACGGCAUUUCGCAUUACUCAGUCUACAAGAAGGGCACUUUGCACGUCGGCCUGGGCGAGAAGGCCGCGCCCAUGGACCUUAGUGGCCGCGGUUUCACCAUCACCGCCUCUGAUACCUUUGGCUACGAUGCCUAUCGCACUGAUCCGCUGUACAAGCACAUCCCACUGCUCAUCAACAUCGUCCCUGAGGGCGCUGUUGGUAUUUUCUCCACCGCGCACUCGCGCUCGACCUGGUCCAUCGGCUCCGAGCUCGAUGGUAUGUGGGGUGCUUACAAAGUGCACCGCCAGUCCCAUGGCGGUCUUGAGGAGUACAUCAUCGUUGGCAAGACGGUGGCCGAGGUGGUGCACUCGUACGCCGAGCUCGUUGGCUUCCCCCUCCGCGUGCCGCGUUACAUGAUGGGCUACAUCGGUGGCGGCAUGAAGUACAGCAUGGAGGACACGCCGAGGGCUCACGAUGUCAUUAUGAACUUUAUCAACAACUGCGAGAAGCACGACAUCCCGUGUACCGCCUUCCAGAUGAGCUCCGGAUACACUGUUGCUGAGACAGAACCCAAGACGCGAAAUGUCUUCACCUGGAACAGACACCGCUUCCCCGACCCCCGAGCGUUUACCCGCGAAGCACACAAGCAUGGCGUUCGCCUGCUGGCGAACGUUAAGCCGUAUGUGCUUGCGACUCACCCCGAGUACCAGAAGCUGAAGGAGACUGGCGCCUUCUUCAAAGACCCUGGCACCGGGCAAACUGCCGUCACCAGACUUUGGAGUGCUGGCGGCGGUGAAAGCGGGGAGGGAAGUCAUCUUGACUUCACGAGCAACGCUGGAUACCAGUGGUGGUAUGAUGGCGUGCUGGCCUUGAAGAAGGUCGGUAUUGAUGUCAUGUGGAACGAUAAUAACGAAUUUACCCUCCCCAGCGAUCAGUGGCAGUGCGCUCUGGACAAGACGGACCUCGUCCCCAUCCCAGAGGGACUUGACCGUAAGGACGUCGGCCUCUGGGGUCGCGCUAUUCACACCGAGCUCAUGGGUAAGGCGUCUCAUGAUGCUACCAUUGAGGGCAAGCCUGAGGAACGCCCAUUUGUUCUUACACGCAGUGCAACUGCCGGAACAAUGAAGUACUGUGGCAGCUCAUGGAGCGGUGACAAUGUCACGGCCUGGGAAUCAAUGAAGGGUGGCAACUCUCUCGCCCUCAAUGCCAGUUUCUCCCUCCUCCACUGCUACGGUCACGAUAUCGGCGGCUUCGAAGGUCCCCAACCCACCCCCGAACACCUCGUCCGCUGGAUUCAACUCGGUGUCCAUUCCCCCCGUUUCACCAUCAACUGCUUCAAGACGAGCGAUGCAGAUAACCUCAUCGGUGGCGUUAUUGAGCCCUGGAUGUACCCGACUGCCACCCCCAUCAUCCGCGCUACCGUCAAGCGCCGCUACGAGCUCGUCCCCUACACCUACUCUCAAAAUUUGCGCGCCCACCACACUGCAAUUCCUCCGCAGCGCUGGACUGGCUGGGGCUACGAAUCCGACCCGGAGGUCUGGGAAAAGGCCAUCAAGGCGGGCGACACGCAGUACUGGUUCGGUGACGCGUUGGUCAUCGGUGGUGUGUACGAGCCUGGUGCCGACUCGGCCCGCGUCUACCUGCCCAAGAAGAGCGAUGGUAAGGACUUUGGUUUCUUGAACACCAACGCGCCAUUUGAGCAUUUUGAGUCUGGCAAGUGGCACACCGUGCUCUCGCCGUGGUACAACUCGAUCCCGGUCAUUGCCAAGAUUGGUGCCGCUAUCCCUGUAGGCAAGCCCCUGCCGACGACGUCUCGCGCUGAGGAGGACCCAGAGUUCCCCGGCCAGGCAAAGGACGACUGGCGUGGACUUGAGGUCUUCCCGCCGCCGGCGCUUCGGGGUGCUGCUGCUUCGGGCACCGUUGAGGAAGCCUCCAACGACGACAUCAAGGGCGUCGUGUUUGAGGAUGGCUGGUACGAGGACGACGGUAUCAGCCGCGAGGUCCCGGCUGAGUACAAAUUCACGGUCAAGUAUGAGGUUGUGGAUGGCGACCGAAUCUCUGUGGAGGUGCGCGGAGUUGUUACUGAGGGCAGCAAAGACAAUUGGAAGCCGCUGUGGGCUUCCAAGGGCAUUGACGUUAUUUUGCCUGUUGGCGAGGAGAGGACUGUCGUUGCAAAGGGAGGCGAGGCGACAGAGAAGUCCCUGGACGCUAAGGGCCGACGGGUAUGGAACGUUCCCGUGGCCUGGGAAUAG